CUUCCCGAAUGGGUACGCGGCUCUGCUCCUCAAGUCGCCACCGCCCGCUCCGCCAGCGCUGUUGCGGAGGAUAGGCGUUAAAGAGCUGACCGGGGUCGGCAAGGUAAAAGUUAUGUUAAAAGUGUCACCUGGCGAAGGAGGAAGCUUCUUCAAUGCGGACAAGAGGAAGAAACAGGUGACACUGGUUGAUCCAACGGCCGGACAGUCGUCCUUGGCGGAAGAUCGCAGGCCGACCGUGGCGGCGCCAAAAAUGUUUGCCUUCGACGCGAUAUUUACGGAAGAAGACUCUCAGACUGAAAUCUGCUCGAGCGCCCUGACGGACGUCAUCCACGCUGUCAUCAACGGGACUGAUGGUUGUUUGUUCUGCUUCGGACACGCGGGAUUGGGGAAAUCGCACACGAUGCUCGGCACGCCGGAGGCGGGACACACUUUGGGGGCGAUACCGUGCGCGAUCGCUUGGCUCUUCCGAGGAAUCUCCGAGCAACGGCAGAGGACAGGUGCCAGAUUUAGCGUCAGGGUCAGUUGCGUGGAAUUAACUGCCGGCCAACAGCAACUCAGGGACCUUCUCGCAGCGCACGCCAACGAUUCCGAACAGUCGCCGGCUGUGUACUUGAGGGACGACCCGCUGUUCGGCAGCCUGCAACUGCAACAGCACAGCGAGCUCCGUGCACCGACUGCGGAACGGGCCGCGUUCUAUUUAGACGCAGCGGUCGCCGGACGGCAGCGGGAGGACGGCGACGCGCACAUGCUCUACACCCUUCACGUUUAUCAGUACAGUGUCGCCGGCAAGGGUGGAGUCGCCGGCGGCAGGAGUAGGCUGCACUUAAUGGACCUCGGCAAUUCAGAUCGCGGCAAGGCGUCGGGCGGUAUUCCGUUAUCUGGCCUAGGGAACAUCCUGCUCGCGAUCUUCAACGGGCAGAAGCAUUUGCCGUAUAAGGAGCACAAGCUAACCCAAUUACUGAAGGAGUGUCUCGGUUCGUUGACGUGUCACGCCGCGAUGAUCGCCCACGUGUCUCCAAACGCCCAACAUUACACCGAGACGCUAACCACCGUGCAGCUCGCUUCGAGGAUCCACCGAAUGAGGCGGAGGAAGAUCAAGUUCGUCGGCGGCGGAACGCAAGGGACGGGCAGCGGCGGAAGUUCGGGCGAGGAAGCGGCGAGGCAGAACAGCGAGUGCGAUCCUAGCUCGAGCGACUUGUCCGCGGACACUGUGAUCUACGUUGGUCCAAGCACCGACGAUGCGACCGACGGCGAACAUCCACCCGUCUACCUGCCCAGCUUGAACUCAGGCGAUAAUCGCUGCGCAAUGGGAAAAGCGUUGCGCGGAUCGGGUGCGGAAAGACCUUCGAAGAUUCCUGAGGAACGCAGCCCUGUACAUAAAGCGACGAAGGUGGUAAAGUCACUGACGCAGACAGCUUCGAAGCAAACUUCGCCUGCGCACACUGCAACCCCUAAGGCCAGCCCAGCCAGGAAGUGCGCCGCAGCUAAAGUAUCCUCUUGCAAAGUGAACGAUUCACCCGGUAGCAAGAUUCCAGUCGCCGCUCCGAGCGGAGGAUCGGACGAACAGUGGAUCGACGGGCCUAGGAUCUCGAAGUCGAAGGUCGCGGAAGCUAGACACAUGCUUAAGGAUCCUCAUCACAAGCGAGAAACCUGGAUAGACGGGCCCAUGCAGCUAACCGGUCCGCCUACCCUGCAGCUGCAUGCUCAGCAACAUUCCAGCGGUUACGGUUUCAUGGACAGCCACAAGAAGAGCAUGAUCAGAAAGUGGGUCGAGAACCAGUCGUCGCAGAUUCAAAGGAGCAAACACGCAGCCUCUAGGAUAGAGGGAUCUAAGAUAUCUGGACAGUCGUCGCAGUUCAAGGAGCUAACUACGUUCAAGACGUGCGCUGGCAUAGAUGAUGAUGAUACCUCGUUGUCCACGGCGGAGAGCGAUAGUUUGAAGGCUAACGAGAUCGAGGACAUCACUGAGAAGCUGGGCGUCAAACUGAACCUGUUGAAUGUCAAGUCCAACACCGAUUCUGGUUUAGACUUGACUGCCAGUCCGGUUAUGGAUGAUAGUUUAGAUAAAGGAAAACUAGACCUGCAGGAGGAUGAAGAUGACGACGAGGAGAUCGUCGUACCGCCACCGUUGCCUCUCAUCGAACCAUUGAGCAACGGAGUUAGCAGAGAGGUUUCGAUGGAAAGUCUGAACUUGUCUCACAAGGACAUCGUGCUGCCGUCUGGACAUUCUUUGUCUUCCGAGGAUGAGAUCUUGGAGAUCGUCGAAGUCGAAGAUUUGGAGCCUGUACCAAUGCAGGACUCAUGUCUCCAAGUUACGGAAGAAGAUAUCGCCAUGUGCAUGGGAGAGAAUCCUCUUCCAGAGAGUGACCAGGAGGAACAUCCUUUGCGGAUAUUGAGCCAGGAGAAUCUUACGGUCGUCUCGACUUUCACUGACUCAAUGUCGGUGAUGUCGGACACGGAGCGUUACAGACCUCAGUAUCCACCACCGGUCUGUGCGGGUGUACUACCUAGGCCGUACUUCGACCACGAGGACUUCCUGGAGCAGGAAACCAGGCACAAGUUCGACCAGUUGGCACGACUGCACGAGCUUUACCAAAGCAAACUCGCGCUCGCCAAUGUCUCCAACUCUGUAACCUACCAGAGGGAGAACUCUUCCAAUGUUAGAGAAGCUCCAUCCGCCCCAGUCUUCCGUCCGCCGUCACGCUGUCAAUCCCUGUCCCUGUCGGAUGUGAUGUUCAACGACAAUGCGAGCAAUCACGGCAGCAUCUACAGCGAACCCGCAUACAUCGCCGGCAAGUCCGAUCAGGAGAAAAUCUGCGAUAACUGUCGUCAGAGCAUGUCGAGGCCGGCGACGGCCUCCUAUUGGUACCCGAACAGCGUGGCGCAUAUAGCCAGCCCAAGGAGAUACUGCGGCAAGCUCGGCGAAUGCAACAUCUCUAGUUUGAGGCACCCAGACGGCGCUUCGAAUCCUAAUCUCAAAGAAGAAGUGGAGAGGCUACCGGGAAACGGAGCCUCGGGUUCCGAUCCGGAGGAGGAGUAUGUUGAGGCGAAGAAGUUGUUCACUGCGGCUGAGAGAUCAGAGAGAACUGUCACCGGGAAAUCAGACAUUGAUGAGGAUCUCAAGAUACAAGCAACAACUCCGCUGCAGUUGUCGAUUCCAUCGCCGGCUCCGUCUUCGGGUCGAAUGCAACGUAAGAUCACCAGUUUGGGUUCUUCGUUGGGUUUGAAUAAGGAGGGUUACGAUUCCGGUGCCGAUUCCACGCCCCGAGCAGCAAAACUCUCGCCGGCAACGUUGUCCAGGCAUCGUGCCGAAAGUUCUGGCUACGACAGUAUUGUGCGGGAUAGCGAGACAAGCAGCAUCGCGAGCGAUUCCUCCAGGCAGACCAGCGCUCUCCAGGAACACCAAGGUGGCGCUCUGGGGGUUCUAACCUCGACGUUGUGCGGGUGUUUCAGCGGUGGAACGGCGGGCGGCAGAGUGCGGGCUCCGGUCACGGGUCCAGUGCCGGGCCCAUCUGCCAAGGGCGCCGUCCGCGGUGCCAGGGAUACUCGCGUACACAAGCGAGGACGUGGACAUCCUGGACAAGCGCGCGCAGUUGCGCUCGGAUCCACGUGGCACGAUGUCCAGGAUACACAACCUGCGACUACGCCAGCGCCUUCUUAGGCUCGAGCUUCGUAACGCUAAGAAGCGCCUGAUGGUGCCCGACGACC